AUGCCGUACAGUCUUAAGGGACGCAACGUCCUGAUCACCGGUGGCUCUCGCGGCCUGGGAGCCAUGAUUGCAGAGAAAUUUGCCGCCGAGGGCUCAAACAUUGCUAUAAAUUACUGUGCAAGCGCGGAACGAGCAAAGGAACUCGCCACAAAGAUAGAAGCCGAUCAUAAGGUUAAAGCUGUCGUUCUUCAUGGGGAUGUCGCUCUCCGUGUGGAUUGUGAAAAUCUAGUCAAGAAAACAAUUGAGCUUCUAGGAGGAAUCGAUGUCAUCAUUUCUAAUGCCUGCUGGAGCACAAAUGUCAAAGCAAACUUGCAUCUUUUCCGUGAGGCAGAGCCAACUUUCAACGCCAACCCAGAAGGAGGAGCAUUUAUUAUCACAUCCUCAGUUGCGCUAACUAGCAACCAGGGAGUCACCCCCGGUGGCAGUAGCAUGGCUUACUCCGUCAGCAAGGCCGCGAGCUUGCACCUGAUGAAGGCCCUUGCUUCUUCUCAAGGCUCAAAAAUCCGUACAAAUGCAGUUCUUCCUGGGCUUCUACUUACAGAAUGGGGAUUAAAAUUCCCUUCUGAAGUGCAGAACGGGUAUAUCGGGAAGACGACCUUGAAGAGAGUGCCCGAUAUUGAGGACUGUGCGGACGUCUAUGUCUCCAUUGCUAAGAAUUACUCCAUGACUGGACAAGAAAUCCAACUUGGUAAAAUUUUAAGAGUCUCCCACUCUAAGAAAGAAAGCUAA